AGGGUUGUCUGCUGGUGCUGUUGGAGUUUAGAGAUCUGUGGUUUGAGUGAGUCUUUUAAGGCAGUCUUUGGUCAGUCUUUGGUGAGAGCUGGUGAUAGUAGUGUCGGCAGCAGUCUAUUGAAGGCAUUGAAAGUCAGAUAAGUUGUGUGUUUUUUAUUUGUUGUUAGUUGCUGUUGAGUUUGUUGUUUGCUUGGGAGUUAUUGUGCCUGUGCUGUUGGAUUUGUUGUGCUUGUGAGUUUCUGUUGAGUUAUAUGAGAGUUGUUGUGGUUGAGGGUUAUUGUUGGGGGGCUGUUGUGGUUUCUUGGUGUGGUUGUGAGUUGUUGAGGGUUGUUGUUCGUGAGCUGUUGUGAUUCCUUUUUUUGUUGUUGGUGAUUGUUUGUACAUUGGUCUUUUGUUGUGGUUGUGUUCCUUGUUGUUGUUGUGUUGUUGAGUUGUGGUCCAGGGUUGUUGGGUUGUGGUUCUUGGUUGUUGUUGUUGUUGUUGUCUCAGUGACCUUGACCAGCAGACAGCACAGCAUAGCCUGGCGUAUCUGGAGUUGGAUGCACUUCAUGUGAAUUUCAGUCAAACAGUUAUUUAGCUUUACAUGAUGAAUGCUCACAGUGUAAAGAGUGAUCUCCAGAUUCCCAACUGUGAGUCUUUGUCAGACCCAUCAGAUGUAAAUGCAACAUCUCUAACUAUCCAAAAUGGCUUUAGUCAGAAAGCAAUACAGAAAAGAGACCUGAAAGACCUGCGGAAGUUCAAAGCAGAGCAGGUUAGAUUGAUGAAACCUAGAGACAUAAAAGAGCCAUUUGAAAGAAUGAAAAUAAGCAAUUCAGAGUUUCUUAAUGAGCUGACUGGCCGUGAAUUGUGUUCUAAGUGUGGAAAAUCAAGAAAAUAUUUCUGCUAUACAUGCUACAUCCCAGUGAUAACUAUUGCUGAUAGAGUACCCAAAAUCAAGCUACCUUGUAAGAUUGACAUACUAAAACACCCCAAAGAAAUUGAUGGAAAAAGUACAGCUGUUCAUGCAGCUGUCAUUGCACCAGAGGAUGUUCGGAUUUUUAUAUACCCCGACAUUCCUGAUUACACACUUGAGGACAAUGUACUAUUGAUAUUCCCGGACAAGAAUGCAGUCCCUCUAGAGGACCUGUGGUCACACCUUGAUAAGCAGGCUAUUAGAAAACCACAUGAGCCAGAUGUCAAGCGUACUAAACAACACCUACCUUUUACAAGAGCGGUAUUUAUUGAUUGCACUUGGAAUCAGACAAAGAAAUUACACAAUGAUGAACGGGUCAAAGGUUUAACUUGUGUAGAACUUAAAGAAAGGGAGACAUUGUUUUGGAGAUAUCAACGAGGGAAACCAAAUACAUUUCUUGCUACAGUUGAGGCCAUAUAUUAUUUUGUUGUAGAUGUUCAUACUAAUGUACUAGGAUCUAAGUAUGAAAAUCAGUAUGAUGAUUUAUUAUUUUUCUUCAAGUUUAUGUUUGAAAAAAUACAUUCUCUGUAUGGUCCAAAUUCUCUGUUGGCUUACAAAGAUAUUUAGCAUUAGCUAAAUUGAAGUAAUGUUAUACAUACUGUUUUGAAUAUUAAUAAAGUUCAUGAGGUUA